AUGAAGUUCAGCUUGAAACGCCUUUUAUUGGCGGCUCUGCCUAUUGCUGGUGUUUCGGCUUUGGGUGGAAAUCAGACCGUCGGGUUUGAAUCUCAGACUGGUUCUCUGCGAUUAGCAGGUGCUGGGUUCAAGGGAGAGAUUCUUUUGGAUGGAAGCGAGUUCUGGGGUGUAUUAAGAACUGCUGUUGAUUUGGCGGGUGAUUUCGGGAAAGUUACUGGUACUAAUUUAACGGUCCAGAUUCAAAAUGCUAACGAAAAGACUGGUAAAUAUGAAUACGCAGUUCCUGUCAGUGAUCAGGAAUAUAAAGUUUCUGAAGAACCUGCUGUAAUUGAGGCUCAUGGGUUCGAAACUUCCGGUGCUUCUGCUAAUACUGUCAUUAUUGCUGGUACAAUUGGCAAGUCCAAGAUCAUAGAUCAAUUGAUCUCGUCUGGUAAGAUCGAUGUCUCUCAAGUCCAAGGCAAAUGGGAGGCUUAUGUUUCAGUUUUGGUGGAUUCUCCUCUUCCCAAUGUUCCUAAAGCUUUGGUCAUUGCUGGAAGUGAUAAACGUGGUACUACGUUUGGUUUGUACGAUAUUUCUGAACAAAUUGGAGUAUCUCCAUUCUAUUACUGGGGAGACGUUCCUCCACAGAGCCAUAGCGACAUCUUUGCAUUGAACACAGUUAAGAACCAGGGUUCCCCUUCUAUCAAAUACCGUGGUUUGUUCCUUAAUGACGAGGCUCCUUGUUUGACCAAUUGGGUCGAGGAGAACUUUGAACAUGGAAAGUAUGGCGCUGGUUUCAACAGACAUUUCUAUUCGCUUGUUUUUGAACUGAUUCUCCGUUCUCGUGGUAAUUACAUGUGGCCUACCAUGUGGGGAAGUAUGUUCAAUGUUGAUGAUUAUGAGAAUCAGCCUUUGGCCGAUGCUUUCGGUAUUGUCAUGGGUACCAGUCAUACUGAGCCUCUUCUCCGAGCCAAGGACGAGUGGCCCAGAUUUGGCGAGGGUAUCUGGCAAUGGAAUAUCAAUGAAGAGGGCAUUCGACCCUUCUUCAAGUACGGAGUUGAGCGUGCUAAGCCCUACGAGGGAAUCUAUAAUUUGGGGUAA